UAAGAAAAUUGAUGGUGAAUUCUUUUCGUAGUCUUUCCCUCUCCCAUCCGUCCAAGGCUACAAUUCAAUUCAAUUAGCAAAAUGGCUUCCCCACGGCAGCCAUCGCAGCACUGACGGCGACUCUCACCCCCCAUCAUGUUCUUCCGCCAGGAGGCCCGUUCUCAUAUAAACGUACCCCAAAGUCCUACCCAUCAGUUCUCUCUCUCUCUGACUUUGGUUAUCUCCCUCCUGUGUCUCUCUUGGACUCGGUUUAACAUUCGCUCUCUCUCGCUCUCUCUCUCUCUCUCUCUCUAAUGUCUUCCAACAACAGGAAGAAAGGGCUAAUCAAAAGCAUACUAUCAGCGAACAUGGACUGCGGCUGCCACAGACAAAGCCCUCCAGACAUUUUCCAGCCCAAACCAAAACACAAAACCUCCACCGACCGCGACCACCGCCACCGUCUCUCUCUCUCCCACGACUCUUCUUCUCUAUCCCUCAGCUCCGGCCGGGAGCAGGAAGAGGGGGAGAUCACCGACGACAGAAUAAGCCACCCCAUGGAUUCACAGUCUCAAUCCGAUCCCGAAAACGACCCCACCAACUCCAAGAAUCCGGCUAGCCCGGCCGCCGCCUCAAUAAUCGGCGACAGCAUCGCCGUUGUGAAGGACUCCAACGACCCGUACGGCGACUUCCGGCGGUCGAUGCUUCAGAUGAUAGUGGAGAAGGAACUGUUCUCCGGAGACGGCCUCCGGGAGCUCCUCGCCUGCUUUCUGGAGCUCAACCCUCCCUUCCACCACCCCACCAUCAUCCGAGCCUUCGACGAGAUCUGUGACGGGAUCGUCUCCGGGAAGCUGCGGCGGUGAUCAGGCACGCGUGGACUCGAUCUGGCACGUGCGGCAUCCAUGUGAGGACAUUGACGUGGCACGUACAUACGCGGGAUUCACACGCGGGAAGAUAGGCGUUGGAAUUUGAAUGCGGGGAAUAAUGGUUGAGAGGCAAUCCAGUUAAGACAUUGGAGAGCAUUGAUGCAUGCGCGGGGGCGGUGUAGAUGUUCUAUUUCCAUGCGUAUACAAAUUUCCCACAUUGGCAUUUACUGCAAAUCACCGCAAUAACGCUGUUAAAGUUUUGAACAUAUUAAAUAAAAUAUUUCAUUUAAAGCA